AUGAACGCAUUGGAGUUAAUAUCCCUUGAUACAUUUUUCCAGUUAAUCAGUUAUCUAAUCAUUGCAGGAUCUUGUAUAGUAAAAAUACCACAAAUAAUUAAAAUAUUAAAUUCAAAAAGCACACAAGGAAUUAGUAGCUUUAGUAUAUAUGUUGAGAUUCUCUCAUCUUGCAUAUACUCAUUUACAAAUUGGAGAUUUAAUGUUCCAUGGCUGCUUUGGGCCGAUAGUGCCUUUAUAGGUAUUCAAAAUGCAUUUAUUCUCGUAUUAUGUAUAAUACAUUCACAAAAUAAGAAGUUCCCAAUUAACCAGAUCUUUUAUAUUACAUCCAUUUCUUUACUCAUUGCAGCCCUUUAUCAAGACGUCAUUCCUAUUCAAGUUUUAAAGUAUCUUUCAAUUUCGCCCCUUAUUUUUGUUGUUCUAUCAAGAGUUCCUCAAAUUGUCAAAUGCUAUAUUGAAAGCAGUACUGGUCAGCUUUCAUUCAUUUCAUUUUUUCUUCUAACUGGAGGUUCAUGGUCUAGAGUUGUCACUGUUUUAUUCAGUGAAUCCAAAUCCAACACAAUUCUAUUGCUAACCAAUGUGAUUUCUGCUCUGCUUAAUACAGUUCCUUUAAUGCAAAUCAUUAUCUUCAAGUAUUGCUCAAGUAUAUCAGAGAAGAACGGAAUCGAACAGAAGAGGCAUAACAAGAGAAAGAUAGAAUAA